UUCACCUUAAUACAUUCAGUGCCGGGCUCCUGAAUACAGAACCCACGUGGGGAAAAUGGAGUUAGAGAAAGCUAAGGUGCGGAAAGCAGUGGCUGCACUGUCUAGUUUACUCAAGAACAAUAAGAAGUCAAACUUUAUUGAUGAAGCAGAGAAAAUACAUUUGCAGUUUACUUUCAAGAAAGUUCCAAAUGUCAAGAACAAAACACUACACUUGAAGUUGCCACACUCCUUAAAGAGAGAUACGCUGGAUGUGUGUUUGUUUGUGAAAGACUUGAACAAGAAGAAGCGAGACUUCGAUCCCGCUAUCCACCAUUACAAGGAAUUAGUUGUUUCAACCUCUUUUUCCAGACUGCCGAUUGGUGUGAACAUGGGUGCCAGUGAUCUGAAGAAGGAGCUGCAGCAAGCCCUGGAUAAAUCUCACUGCUACAUCAGUGGACGAGGGCCGUCCUGCAUGUCCACAGUUGCACAUUCUGAGAUGAAGGCAAAACAUGUAGUAGACAAUGUUAUCACAGCAGCCAAUCAGAUUGCAACAGGUAUUCCAGGAGGACCAAUCAACAUUAAGAGCAUGUACAUCAAGACUGAAGGCUCAAUGUCGGUUCCCCUCUUUGUCAGCACAGAUGAUGUUGAGGUUGUUUUGCCACGCAAGGAGAGAAAGGUAGAAGACAAUGAGCCAGAGGAAAUUACAACUAUUCUUGGGUCAAAGGUCAAGGUCUCUCGAUUUGGGGAUGUCAAGGUCAUUCAAGGGAAGCGGGUAGCUGAAGAUGAAGACCUUGAUCUUGACAGUCUUACUGAGAAGAAAAAGAUCAAAUCAGCUCAAGCAAAAACUUCAAAGAAAUCUAGUGUGGCUCCAACAAAGUCCAAGAGUGUGGCACUGAAGCAAAAGACUUUGAAAUCUGGGAUCAAGCAACCAAAGAAGUCAAAGAAACAGAAAACCAAAUCUUGAACUGAUUUUCUUUUAAAAAUGGGAUUAAAUGUCUGUACAUAA